AUGAUUCCCCGAUUUCUUCGGGGUGGCAGGGCGCGCAAGGAUCCUGCGAAAGAGAAAUCCAAGGAAUGGAACCCGGCGACGUUCUACAUCAUCAUGUUUACCCUGAUCGGGUCGCAAGCCAUUCGCAUGCUCACCUUGAAGAACGGCUAUGCGGCGUAUACUCGGACGACGGAUGCGAAGAUCGAACUUCUAGCGGAGAUUAUUGCACGAGUCAAGAAUGGAGAGAAGGUCGAUGUUGAGAAGUUACUGGGAACGGGCGAUGAGGCAAAGGAACGAGAGUGGGAUGAGGUGCUGCGCGAGAUUGAAGCCGAAGAUUCCCUAUGGCAUGAGAAGAAGACCGCCCAGACACAAGCAGAGAAGCGCCAGGAGCCCGAGAAAGAACAAAAGCAGCCCGCACAGUCUUCGGAAGGCAAAGGCACCGAUGAGGUUCCUAAGACAGAGCCGACACGAAAGCUUAGAUUCUAUUGA